AAGAAAUCCCACGAGCCCUCUAAUCGGACGGGUGGCCAGUUAAGACGUCGUGAUUUGUCGUUUUUCAACCGCAGUCGACGGCGAUCAAAGAACAUCGAGCAGGGGAGGUCGUAAUCCUGUUUGACGAGCGAAACAAGAGGAGUACAGAACCAGCCACAUAAUUAGAACACUUCCGGAACGGCAGUGCGGCCGCUGAAGUCAUGGCGAUGGGAUGGCUACGGUUGAUGGCCGUGGUGUUGCUGCUGGUGAUGGCCACGUCGGCGGCGGUGGGUGACUGUCCCCGUGAGUGCCACUGUGAAACGACAACGAUCCGGUGCACCAGCAUCAGCGGGCUGCGCGGACUGGACAAGGCACAACCGAUCGCCCGGCUCGAUCUGUCCGGACUGAACUUCACCAAGGUACCGUCGGUGCUGGAGAACGUGCGAAACAUCACGGAGCUGGACCUGUCCGGGAACCGGCUUGCUGAGGUGGCGCACCUGGGUAAGCGUGUCCGCAGCCUGAACCUAAGUCACAACCGCAUCACGUCGGCCAAGCUGGCCCGCAUCCCCCCGUCGGUGGAAUCGCUCAAUCUGACGCACAACGACAUCACCUACUUGCCGCUCGGGAUGAUGAAGCUCAAGAAGCUGCGCUACAUCGAACUGGCCAGCAAUCCGAUCAACUGCACGUGCGAGACACUCCACGUGCGCAACUGGCUGACGUCGCGUCAUGUGUGGUCCGACGAGCACAUCAAGUGUAUGGCUCCGCAGGAGUUCAAGGGUCGGCCGUGGCUGCAGGUACGCCAAUCGGACGUGUGCCAUGCGUCGGUGGCCGAGGAACGGAAGGGUGGCUACAGCUGGGACGACUACGAGGACGAGAACGACCUGAUGCUGGGGGACCAACCGACAGCGAACGAGGCCGCCGAGGACGAUGUGGAUGACUUCCGGCGGGAGUACUUCCCGGUCGGUGAAAAGGUGAAGCGUCACGAGCCACCGAUCGCCGUGGAGAACGAGUCGGCCGAUGAGGUCGAGCAGUCGGGUGAUGCACCGGCCGGGGAUCUGGGCGUUGGGGAGGAGGAGCGUCGUGCCGUGUUCGACGAGCCGACGGUGGAGGGCAGCGGCGGUGAACCGGAAGACCCGACGCUGAUUCCGAAGCUGGUCGGUGAGGAGCACCCCGAGGAGGAAGAGCUGGACCUGGACGAGGGAAGCGGAGGUAGUGGCGGUGGCCCGAUCAUUGGCUUCGGACACAUUAGUGCGCUGGAGGAGGAGGGUGGUAGCGACGCUAGCACCCCGUCGCCGAUCCUGGUGGACGACAGUGGCGAAACGGAGGAGGCACCGCUCGAGGUCCCGCACAUCCGGGAGGGCUUAGGUAUUUUCCGGGACGAGAAGGAUGAAACGGGGGGACCUGAGGAGGACGGCGAGAGCACCACCUCGGAAGCGACCAAUGCGCGGGUGAUGGUGGGGCCCAGUGGUGCGGUCAUGACGGCCGUGGCCAGCGAUGCCGAUCUCUCGUCGGAAGCUGCGAAGGAGGGAUCCGGCGAUGGGGGCGAUGCGGCGGUCACUAGUCAGUCGGAGGACGACAACCGGAAGACGUACAUCCUGCUGUCCGUGCUGGGCGUCAUCGUGGUGUCGCUGAUCGUGAUGGUGGUGUGUAAGCGGAAACCGGACGAUCGGCAUCGGCGCGGGAAGUACGACGUGGAGACGGCCAACCAAGGCCGGGAGCUGAAGGAGUUGAACCGGACGCUGCUGGAGAAGCUACCGGCGGCAGAACGUAACGGUCACGGGGCUCCCGAGCAGACACCGCUGAUGACGCCCGAUAAGACCGACUACGAUAAGGUGUUCGGUGGGUCGGGUGACCCCAAGAAGGGCUUUACGCCGGUGAAACCACAGCGCGCGUCCCUCGAGCGGCCACUCGACUCGUUUAAGCCGGUUCCGGCCGAACGGAAUGGCGCAGCUAGCGGGCCGGCCACGGACAACAACAACACGGCGGCCCUGCCGAACGGGAACGGGGCGCUACAGAACGGGGAACCGCUGGCGGGGGUUCACAAGCCUCACCACCCGAACCACCACCACCACGUGCCAUCAACGGACGCGCCGGACGACGGGCAUCUGGCGGCCGAACCGAUGGAGUCGCCCCGGUCGAAACGCUACAGCCCCAUCUACGUGCCGACCUCGCCCAAAUCGGAUCGCUACAGUCCGGUUUACUCGCCCGAGACGGGCCGCGUCAAGAUUAAGCUCACCGAGACGCCCAAACCGAAGACCCCGAUCCUGGUGACGAGGAGUCGCUCCCGGGCCGGGGACAUCAUCAUGACCACGAACGACGACCAGAAGUUUUAGCCUGCGCACGAGACCACGUGACGACGGCGGCUGACCAGCCACGUGGCUCAACGCUAAUCUAAAUCCGCAAGAGCGCGAUUUAAGCACAAACCAGAAACCGACCACCAGAUUCAGCACCCGUGCCUUGUGCGGCCGCCAAAUUGUAAAUAGUCUUCGGCCGUAAGGCAAAGCAAUGGAAAUCGCAAGCGCCCAAGCCCCAGGGCCAGGACCAGAGCCAACCGAAGCCAAGUCCGCGAGCGGAGGCCGCGGAGUCUUCACUAGUUCAUAUCACCAGUCGUUCAUCGUUAGCGAGUAGUAGUGGAAGUAAAUUAUAAUUUAACGAAUCGUCUUCGUCGUCUUCGCAACAGAUCAACGAUCAUAAUCAUGUGCGUGCGGUGCGGCGGUAUCCUGGCGUGGCGUAUAGAUAGGUUUAUUGCAAAGGAACCCGACCGAUGCUAGUAGACAUCCUCCCCGUAAUCACCCUUCACCUUCACCCGUUGUUGCCGGGUUGCCUUAUCGUGAAUGUAUAAAAUAAAGAUUCGUUAGUUUGGUUGUUUGAACGGCGCCGUAAGUAAGCACACAGGCGAGCACACCCGACACGGCUUUGGCCGUAAAGUAGUGGUCCAAUAUCGGCGGCGAUGGUAGUAGCGGUAGAUAGUGUUACAGCGUAGCGAAGAGCCAAUCCUUGCGCGAGAUCCGCGCGAAACUUUUUAGUUAGAGUCUGAGCAGUAGAAGGGCAGCCACAGGAGCCAGACACGAGCCUUGUCCUGUCCUUUGUCGGUGCUACGCGUGGUGCCGGCGUGGUGGGGAGAGUGUAUUUAAAUGCUAGAAAUAAUUUAUAAUUCAUCCUGUAUCGCGCGGCGCUGUUUACACGACGGUGCCGGUAGACGGAAAUCGCACCGACUUGU